CCUGACGUCACUCAGUUUGAUGAGAGGCUGUGGAGAGGAAGGGUGUAACCGGUCAUUCUGUGCGGAGAAUUGUUUAUCUGGCUCAUUCGUGAGUGAUUCGACAUCCCGUUGAGGUGUUUUGAAGGAGAGGACGCCGGAGCGGACGUGAGGUGAAGGGAGGACCAGCCGAUGAGACUACACUGGGAUAAUGGAGGACAACAGCAAACGACAGGGCACCAGAGUAUUUAAGAAGAGUUCUCCAAAUGGGAAAAUUACAGUUUAUUUAGGAAAGAGAGACUUUGUGGAUCACAUCACACAUGUAGAUCCAAUUGAUGGAGUGGUACUCAUUGACCCUGAGUAUUUAAAGGAUCGGAAAGUAUUUGGUCAUGUUUUAGCUGCUUUCCGAUAUGGCCGCGAAGACUUGGAUGUCCUGGGCCUCACCUUCCGCAAGGACCUUUACCUGGCCUCAGAACAGAUCUUCCCUCUGGACCCCAAUAACAAGAGGCCUCUUACAAGGUUACAGGAACGACUCAUCAAGAAAUUAGGCCCCAAUGCCUUUCCGUUCUUCUUUGAGCUACCUCCACACUGCCCUGCCUCUGUCACAUUACAACCAGCACCAGGAGACAUGGGAAAACCCUGUGGUGUUGAUUAUGAACUGAAGGCUUAUGUAGGAGACACGGUUGAUGAUAAACCUCACAAACGAAAUUCAGUUCGACUGGCAAUCAGGAAGGUCAUGUAUGCCCCUAUAAAGCAAGGAGAACAGCCAAGUGUAGAGGUUAGCAAGGAGUUCAUGAUGUCUCCAAACAAGUUACACCUGGAGGCAUCAUUAGACAAAGAGUUGUACUAUCAUGGAGAGACAGUUGCAGUGAAUGUCCAUAUACAGAAUAAUUCCAAUAAGAGUGUCAAGAAAAUUAAAGUUUCAAUUCGUCAGUUUGCAGAUAUCUGCUUAUUUUCAACAGCACAGUAUAAGUGUACAGUUGCAGAAACAGAGAGUGAGGAAGGCUGCCCUGUGGGGCCGGGCUUCUCCAUCAGUAAGGUUUUCACGCUGACGCCACUUCUCAGCAACAACCGAGACAAGUGGGGUCUGGCCCUUGAUGGGAAGCUCAAGGAUGAGGAUACCAACUUAGCAUCCUCCACUGUUAUUACUGAUUCAAGUCAAAAGGAGAAUCUUGGCAUCAUUGUCCAAUACAAGGUUAAAGUAAAGCUGAACCUUGGUCCAUUAGUUGGUGAUCUGGUUGCAGAGUUACCCUUCACAUUGAUGCACCCCAAGCCAGAGGAGGAGCCUGAGGUAAAUAACAAGCCUGCAGUCCCUCCUGCCUCCUCUCCAACACAGGAUCCCAAUUCUGCUCCGGCAGUGGACACCAAUCUCAUUGAACUUGACACGGAUGGCACAACAUGUUAUGCUGACCAAGAUGAUGACAUUAUUUUUGAAGAUUUUGCUCGGCUGCGAUUGAAGGGAGAAACAGAGGCGUAGGAACCCUAAUGUCCUCCUGACAGAGAAGCAUCCUCCUCUACAGCCAAAGCAGUAUUCACUUGGAAACAUAGAGGGGCUCCCACCAGACUAAUCAUGAAUGCACAAGGUCAUAGAUACAUGUCAUUUUGGGUUAUUUUUUUCUAGAUUCUGUUUCAUGGUUGUAGAAAAAGAAGAUUCAUAACUUUUGUUUUUAUUAUUAUUAUUAUUAUUAUUAUUGUUAUUAUUAUUAUUAUUGUUAUUAUUAUUAUUAUUAUUAUGCAAGCUUACAAGUGCAGACACAUCAGCAAAAUAAGCGCACAACUACAACUAUAGAAUUCUUAAAGAACAAGGUUAUUUGUAUUCGCCCUUUCUCUCUUCCUCCUGCAUUCAUUCACUCUCUCUCUUUCGCCCUCAUUCAUUCAAUUCACCAUCUCUCUUUCUCCCUCAUUCCUUUACCAUCUUUCUUUCUCCCUCAUUCCUUUACCAUCUUUCUUUCUCCCUCUCUCCUGGACUUUUCUUCUUAUUCACUUUAUCUUUCUCUCUAUAUAUGAUUUAUACAUACAUGUCUUAUAAGAAAUUGUGAAUGUAUUUACAAUAUAUUUUAUAUUUGAGCUUCAUGUGUAUGCUUUUGCUCAGUACCAUGAUUUUUGUGCUUCUUUUCUUUAUUGAAAUUACAGAUUAUCCUUAUUGUGACUGAAGCAAUUAAUAUUUUAUGUCCUUGUUAUCUUUGAUAUUCUUAGUAUUUGUGUUAUUAUUAUAACUAUUACUAUUAUUAUUUGUUAUUAUUGUUAUUAUUAAUUAUCAAUAUCAGUAUCUUAAUUAUGUUCGUAAUUUUAUUAUUGUUGCUUUCAUUGUUGUUGUUAUUAUGUUUUAAUUUUGUUAUUAUUAUUAUUAUUAUUAUUAUUAUUAUUAUUUCUGUUAUUAUUUUUAUUUGAUUAUGAUUGUAAGCUUCAUCAUUUAUAUUCACCAUAUUCAUAUCCAUUUGAUCAGUCCCAACCUUCUUCAUUAGUAUUAUCAGUAUAUUACUAUUAUUAUUAUUAUUAUUAUUAAUAUUAUUAUACUGUACAGCUAAAAUGUUAUUCCUCUUCUUAUUUUUAUUUUUAUCAUGAUAAUUUGAUUAUUAUUUAUCAUCACUGUAAUUGUAUCAUUAUAAUUGGCAAGUUGGUUUUGAUUAUUAUUGUCUAUGUUGUUAUCGUCAUUGUAUUAAUAUUGAUGAUAUAGAGUAAAAUUGUGAAAACUCGUUAUUAUAAUGAUUAUGUAACAAACUAGCUAUAUAUUUCUUAUGAGUACUUGUUAUUGUAACCACCAGAUAUGUAUCCUUGCAACACUGCAUUAGGACAAUAUAUGAAUUAGAUGAAUGUUUGUCCUAGAUUUUAGUGGCUUGAAAAAAGAAAAAAAGAAAAAAAAAGAAAAGAUAAAGAGCACAAUCAAAGCUUGGAUGGGAAGAGCCUUUUGAUUUGUGAUUUUCCAUUCACACUUUGCAACGGAGACGACUGAGAGCGGCUGCAGUGAUGCUGAUAGGCCUACUGCUCCAUAGGUUCUAGUGUUAUUGUACAAUGUGAUUAUUUUUUAUUUAUUUAUUGUUAUUAUUAUUUUUUUUUCCCAGAGUUAGUUCAUGAUAUGUGUGAGUUUAGUCUUUUUUUUUUAAUGCUGUUACUUUUAAAUGUUAUUGCAUUUUUUAUCAUUAUUAUUUUUUUAUACGAUUAUCACCAUCACCACCAAUAUUAUUAUUAUUGUGGUUUAUUAGUAUUUGUUAUUAUCUAUUUUAUCAGUAUCAUUUGUGAUAGUAAUAAUGAUAGAAGUGAUAGUAAUAUUAUUAUCAAUAUUGUUGAUGAUGAUAAUAUUUUUAUUAUAAAUAUUGUUGAUAAUGUUAAUAAUAACUAUAUUAUUAUUAUUACUGAUUUCAUUAUUAUUAUUAUUUGUAUUAUUAUUAUUAUUAUUAUUAUUAUUAUUAUUAUUAUUAUUAUUAUUUUAAUUAUCAUUACUGUUACUAUUACUAUUGCUAUUCAUCCUUAUCAUAUUGAUUUCUUUUAGCAUCAUCAUCCUCAUAGCAUUGCCAUUGCCUUUAUUAUUGUAACUAUUUGUAUAAUGACAUUUUUUUCAGUAAUGUUUGCAAUGUAAUUGUUUCCAAAAUUAUUUGUAUAUGCUUUCUGUAAAUGAUACAUUACUCUUCUUUAUGAUGAUUAUAAAAUUUUGGUCUGUUAAAUAUCUUGUAAGAAAAAAUUAUUUCAGUUUUUGAUUUUAGGAUGCAGAGCAAAGGUACCAACAUCCACUUGUAAGAAAUGAGUAGCCAUUUAGUAUGCACUAACUCUAGAGGACAAGCUACCUCAGCACUUGUAGAACCUGUCUCUAGUUAUGACUGUUUUGUGGCAUUACAGUGUCAUACACUAACUUGAAAGCAUUCCUUCGCUAGAUUGUGAAAUGGGUACCUGUGUUGAAAGAAUGCAGUACAAAUGAACGUGGAUUGUCUUGGUUUUGUUGAUUGAAUUGUGUGAAAUAGGUCAGGCAAGUCAUUAUGACAUUGGAAUGUAUAUGAGAUCUAUUGUAAGAUGUUUGCUUUUAUGAUUCUUUGGUUAAUUUCAUGUUAGAUACAAAAAAAGGCAAGGUGAACAUUUUAUGCAUGUCUGGACAAUUGUACGAGUGCAAGUAUGGAAGAACUUUUGUUUGAGGGUAUUUUUCAUUUCGUAAAAUAUACUGGCCAUUUUCAGUUUUCUUCAGUAAGUGUUAGAAAAUACUGUGUUGUUGCAUAGAAUACAUUAAGGUUUGAAUGUGCAUAUGAGAUACUUAGAUAUAUAUGAAUGAAGCUUGAAUUGCAAGUUUUCAGUCAAGCACUUGAUUUUUUGAAGGGUAUUUGUGAUUGUAUGUAUUUUAUAAAUGUUUUAUCAUAUUAUUUAUUCAAUCUUUUAAUAUCAAGUUGAUGAAUGAUGUGAAUUUGAUAAGUUCUUUGGAUAAUAUGGAUUUGAAAAUGACAAGUUCCAUUACAUUAUGAUGAAGUAUGGGGCAUUACUGUAAAAAGUCUGAACUUGUGUUACACAUAUUAGGUGUUGUUAAUGCAGUAUUCCUUGUAAUGCUUUGUAAAAUCAACAGAGUAGGUUUACCAAAGUAUAUUUAAGUGUAAUAAUCCUUUUUGACUAGGGUGACAAUGUGGCUUGCUUACAGAAUGUUAUCUUUAUGAAGUGGAUCUGUGCACAAAGUAAGGCACAAAUCAUGUUAUCAAACAUAAUUCCUCAAUUUUUGUUUAUGAGAAUUUCAGUUUAACUCUAAGUUGAAUAAUUAUUUUUUCAUGUUUUAAGAAAAGUUAUUGGCUCUAUAUAGAAUGUGGUUUCACCUGAUAGGUCUUCUUUUAUAUAGAAGUAGAGAGACUAAAGAUACAUGAUUCUAUGGUAUGUAGCAGCACAAGCGAAUGUUAGUUAUAUGUUCGAUACAUUGUGUAUUGAUAAUACUAACAUUUUUUUAUAUAUAUAUAUAAACUUUAUGGACUAUGGGUAUCACAAAAAGACAGCAUGAUUGUUAUGGUAUGCUGUGGGAAAUCAAAUUACUCAAAAUUCAGAUAGGAUGGUACAAUUAUUGUCAGUAUAAAGUUGGUGUAUACAGAAGCAAGCUUGAGAAUGUCAGCUGACAGAAGUGGUCCUAUUAGGUUUCAUGCAAAUUGGAUACUUUGAAAUAUCCAUGACAUAAUUUAUAUGAUCUCUGCUGUAAAAAUAGAGAUUUCAGUCCUCUUUCCAGCCAGUGCUAUGUCAAACUACUGUGAAAGUGCUAUGAAAGUGAGGUCUUUUGUAAGUAGAAAUGGUAGUUAAGACAAGUCAUUAGCAUAUGUCUAGUAAGAUUUUCUUUACACAAUAUUUUCAUGAGAAGCAUUCAGACUUUAUGGCAUUAGGAAUACUUUUGUGGAAAAAAAACAUGAUGACUAUUAUGUAGAUAUAACUAUAGAUCCCUGCAUUUCAACUAUAAUUUUGGUAUGUUAUAUUACAUGUGAAAAUGUAAAAAAUAUAUAUAAUCUUGUAAUGAGAAGGCAUAAUUACUGAAAGAAAUCAUUGUUACUCAUGUUCAGCAUUUAAUAGGUAACCCUAGUUUUGCCAAAGUUACUAUACUGCAUCUUUGUUUAUAAACAUAAUGUUUGUGUACAGUAUUUGUAUGAAAUGAGAACCUGCUAUACAUGAAGCAGUGUUACUGAGAUCCUGCCACAUAUAUGGGGCAGUGUUAUAGCAUCAGUGUUAUGUAGAUGAAAUCAUUGUUUGUCAGUUGAGCUUGGGAAAGAUGAAAGCAUCUUUCCCACUGCUGCCAUGUACUGUACAACAUGGUUAAUAUCACAAGUAUUCUUGUCACUGACAUUCCUCCUCAGUGAUUCUUCACUGUGCAUGUGUUCUCUUGCUUGAAUCCAUCCAAAUUGACAACAGGUUAGACAAAAGGUUCAGUCAAGUUUUCUCAAGACAAUGGCCUGUUAUCCUUACUCCUGUGUCCCAGCAUCUUACAGCAGUGAGGUAAAGCAGUGUGUGGUAGAGCAUGAUCUUGACUCAGUCAUUACUGCAACAUAAGAUACUCUUACAGAAAGCUGAAGUUUUCUAUUUAUUUAGAUGCUACUUGUAGAGUGCAGCAUAUGCAUAAAUUGGCAACUGUAAAUGCAUUUAUAUAAAUUCUGUCUCUUUUGCACUUCUGUGAUGACUCAGUGCUGUACUUUAAAUCAUGCUCACCUUACUCAAAUAAUUGUUGUCUGAUUAUAGUUUGUAAAAUGAGAAAAACAAAGUCAAACAAGAAAUUAGUAAAGAAACCAGAAGCAAUCUGACAAUAAAACCUCAGAGCUUUUUUACAAAUUUUUCUUGUUCCUUUGCUCUUUGUACUUCAGCGUGGUAGCACACUGUGCUCUUCUUGAGUCUUGUCUGGCAGUGAUUAAUGUACAGUUUUAACAGCUUUGGUCACAAAAUAUGUCCAAACUUAUUUUAUGUCCUCUGCAUAAGACAUUAUUUUAUGUAUUUUCCUAUAUAUUUGUGUAUAAUGAAUAAAUGUAAGUGUACCAA